AUGAAUCUGUUGAUAGCGUUAAGUCAUACGUUAAAAUUUUGCGGAGAAAUUUAUCCUACAAAAGGUUUUUACAAUACUCUUGCUCCUGAAUCUGUUAAAAGACAAGACGGGAAGAAGGUGAUCGUUCUUUCUUAUGGACAUAUAUUUACCAUAGAAACUAUGGACAUGCAUAUGGGAAUGGAAGUUAUUAUUAAGGUUCAAUCAAAUGAGGAUGGACUUCAGUUAAAAUCCUUCCAACAUUAUUAG